CACCAUCUCGAUUUGCCAGGUGCCUCUUGAUUUCUCGGCUUGUCAAAGAUUUUCACACGCCAUUUGGGUAAGGGACAGUCAUGGACAAUAGCCUGGAUUCCCGCCCCGCGAAGAGAGCAAAGAAGGGAUUCAACGGCUAGACACCUUGGAAAAUGAACCCAAGCGCGUGCCACAGAGAAUGGACGCGUCAAAGACAGCGGAUCCCAUUCCUUCUCUACCGGAGUUCUCUACUGAAGUAGCGGAGACUAAUGAAUGGGAGAACUGGGAGGAAACAGCACUCUUACACAUGACGAGCCAAACACUCGAGAGGGUAACACUUCAAGCCCAUGAGCUAAUAUCACUGAUUAAAGAAUUCUACGCAAAUUUCCACCCACUCUUCCCAAUCCUCCCAUCGCUCCCCGAUUUCAUCAAGGCCUACGAUGCUAAUACGCUUCUCCUGUGGACCAUCAUUGCAAUUACAUCUAAAGAGUCUCCCGAGUAUUCUCAUCUAUGUGUCACUCUCAUCGACCCCGUCCGCAGUCUUGCUGGUGAUCUAUACCACACUCAAAGUCGGAACUUUGAAACCAUACAGGCGCUAUUACUGCUAUGCAUCUGGCCCUUUCCAUUUCAACAAACCGUGCAUGAUCCAUCGCCGAUGUACUGCAGCCUUGCGACUCAACUCUCCUACCAGCUAGGUUUGCAUAGACCGAAUCUGCAUAUGCAUUGGGAAUACGGAGCGACAGCCCCAAAUGCUCGGGUCGAUCUGCAACGAAGAAAGGCCUGGGUUGGAUGCUUUGUUGUUAACCAUAUUAUCUCUACGAGACUUGGCACCCCCUCAGCAGUUCAACCUGGCCGUGCUAUCCUCUCGGAAAUUGCCGGAAGCUCCACUUCAGAGUUACCAGCGCCUCUGCUGCACUAUGCUCACAUCGCAUACAUUGGGGUGAAAGCCCUCGAGGCUCUUGGGGAUGACGCAUCAUCUGCCACCGGCGAGACCAAAUACCCAAUCCCGCUAGUCACCACCUUUGACCAAAAGCUGACCACCAUGCGUGAAAGCCUAAGUUCGAAAUGGUAGGAACUGGCAGAAGCUUUCUUGUUGGAGACCAGACUGCAGAUCCUCUCUUUUGCACUUGAUGAACAGAACUAUCCGGAUUCGAUGCUGGCAAUUGACCUUUCUACGUUGACUAUAUAUGAACAAGCCUCUACUGCUUCUCAACGUGUCCUUG